UAGUAGGUCAGACAGAAUGAAGGAUGAAACAUCACAAUGCAUUUUAAACAACUUUCAGUUGGAGAAUCUCCGAAGGCAUGUUUACAGAAGCACAGGAAAGACUGUUCUUGACCCUUACAUGCAGGUGUUCUGGUGUUGGCUUGUUGAGCGUGUACCGCUAUGGAUAGCACCCAACAUGAUCACACUGGUUGGUCUUGUAAUAAACGUGGGCACUUCUCUUGUCCUUGUUUACUACAGCUCUGAUGGGCACUCAACUGCACCACCAUCAGCGUUCAUAAUAUGCGGUGUGGGAUUGUUCAUAUAUCAGAGUUUAGAUGCCAUAGACGGGAAACACGCCCGGAGGACUGGUACAAACAACCCUCUGGGGGAGCUAUUCGACCACGGUUGUGACGCUUUCUCUACUGUCUUCGUUAUAAUAGCGUACGGUAUUGCCACAGAUCUGGGGCCGAGUUACUGGUUCUUCUACCUGUGCUGUGUCUGUAAUUUUAUGUUCUACGCCGCGCACUGGCAGACUUUGGUGUCGGGGGUACUGCAUUUUGGACAAUUUGACGUGACAGAAGCGCAGAUCUUUUUGAUAGGAGCACAAUUAUGGACCGGACUUUUUGGAGCUAAUUUAUGGAAUAUCGAACUUUAUGAAGGUUUCCAAUUUAAGCACGCAAUGUUGUGUCUAAGUACCAUAUGCUCGUGUGCUUCAUUUAUCUUUUCUGGUAACGUCGCUACUAUUCUGACGGGAGGGAUCGGUAAAAACGGAGCAACUAUCGCAGACACUUCAGUGCUAUCCCCUGGGAUCCCUAUCCUCCUUCUUACGGGCAUGUUUUACAAGAUACUAGAGGAAAGUGACACCAUGUUUUACCAGGAGAAUACCGUUCUCUUCCUCCUCACUAUGGGUCUCGCCUUCACUAAAGUUACUAAUUCUCUUGCCCACAUGACGAAGUCACCUCCAACCUUGGUGGUAGAUAGCAUAAUGUUGGGACCUGCUCUCAUGCUUAUUAACCAGUACCUCAGUGCCCCAGUUCCUGAACAGUUCCUUUUAUGGCUCGUCAUGUUGUUCACAGCAUACGAUAGCAUCAGAUAUUGUGUGGACAUUUGUAAAGAGAUUUGUGCAGGCCUCAACAUUCCCUGCCUCACUAUGCCUGAAGGGGUGAAACUGGUGUCUCCUCCGCAGCCCACCAAACGAGCAUCCCUCCGAUCACGCGGUCCCUCAGAAAUAGAAUCCAGUCCUAAGAGACACUCUGUGCGCAGCGCUUAUUCAAUGAAUGAGGUGCGCAAAACAGUCCGCACAUCCAGCACAUCUCGCAUUGCGCGCAUUGCACGACGCCCCACUGACUCGGGCUCCGGUGCGAGUAUGAGCGAUAAAAAUUAGACUUAUUUUUGGGGUGUGGUUGUUUUUAUUUCGUUGAUAGGAAUGAUAUUUGUUAGUCAGAAUGGAGAGAGAGAGAGAGAGCUCGAGGCUUGGGUACAGAAAAUCCCAACCUAAGAAUUAGAAAAAUGUUUAAAUUAGAUCUUAGGGAGAUGUUCUUACAAUGCAUUACAAAUUUGGUUUGUCUCCAACAAACUGAAGUUGUUUGUUUUGGGGAAAUGAGCUGGCAUAGUAUCGUGAGAACAUCUCUUAAAUGGAUAGCAUACAUUUUAAGUUCAAAGCCACUUAUUCGACCGGGACUAUUAAGGUAAAGUCAAGUUUUGAAUCCAUCUUACCAACUGCUUACACCAGCGCCCAUCAAAUUGUUGUUGCAGCUCAAAAAUAGUUCCGGUGUGCAAUUGUUUAUGCUAUGAAUCUGCAUCUGUGCAUUCUAUGGUGACAAAAUUCUCUGUUCAGAAAGUUGACUUUCAAUAAAUCUUAAUUCUAAAAUUUACUAGAUUUAAAGCUCAUUAGAUUGGGGAAAAUAGUCCUGGGAACAAUAAGACUGUUAAAUAUUAGAAUUGUUCAUCAUUCGUUCGGAAGUCAGUUAAAAG